UAUUCUUGCUCUUGUUGUUGUUGGUUGCUGCACACAACAAUGUCCGUCCCAGCGCUUGAGCCGAUUGAGCUCGGCUUUGCUGAGCAGGUCGACAACCCGGUCUUCCUCACGAGCCCGUACUUUCCAUCCAAAAUCGGAGGACACCCCGCAUGGCUCAAUCCGCAGCACUUGCCGUCCACUGAAUCAGCCGCUGCUGACGGACUGGCCUGCCCGCUCUGCACCAAACCCAUGGCCUUCCUGCUGCAGCUGUACACACCUGUGGACGACAGCCCUGCUUGCUUCCAUCGAUCAGUGUACGUGUUUUGCUGCCGCAACGGCGGAUGCCACAAGACUGCUUCUGCAACCGGAGCCCAUUGCUUCAAAGUACUCCGAUGCCAGCUUCCCCGCGAGAAUCCCUACUUUGGCGUGGAUGCCAACGACAAUGUCGAGCUGGAUUCAUCAGUGCAAGGACAGCGCCGCGUGGCUCUUUCAGCUCCCACUUGCGCUGUGUGCGGUAAUCUGGGACCCAAGAAGUGCGGCCAAUGUGGGCGUGCGCGUUACUGUUCUCGCGAACACCAAGUGGCCCAUUGGGGUGCCGGUCACAAGCAAGCGUGCUCCAACGCGAGCGGAAAUGUUGCCCCAACUGCAAAAGAGGUUGCGCUGCGCUUCCCUGAAUUUGAGCUGGUGACCGAGCCCGAGGAAGUCCGGCCUGGGGAUGACGGUGAUGAAGACGACGAAGCUGCCGAGAAGCGCCGCAUGCAAGAGUUUGAAGCCGCUGUGAAAGACUUCAAGCUUGAUGUCCAGACUGAAGAAGAAGGCAAGGACGUGGAUGACCUGUUUGACGGAUCGGAUACCGUGCAGGAAGAGGACGAAUGCUUCGAGGCCUUCCAAAAGCGUGUUGCCCGAGAUUCAGAACAGGUUCUUCGAUAUCAAAAGGGUGGCAAGCCUCUGUGGAUUAGCGACGUGGCGCAAUGUGCUCCCGGAGCUGUGCCGCGUUGUCUGAAUUGCGGCACUCAGCGAGUAUUCGAGUUUCAGAUUAUGCCGCAACUUUUGUGGAUUCUUGGUGUCGAUAAUUUGGAUGGUAAUUCCCUCGACUGGGGCACCUUGCUGGUCUACACCUGCCCGAACGACUGCAACCCGCAAGAGGCUUCGGCCACCACCCCGGCUCAACCAGCAACGGAGCCGGCGUCGUUUGCAUCUGUUGCCGCCACGAAUGCCAAGCCCGUCCCCGUCACCUCGAGCGCAUAUCUUCCCGAGUUCUUAUACAGCCAGCAAGUAUCAGAGAAGGGAAGCAUCGAUUUGCAGCAGCGAGAGCGACGUGCCCCUCAGCCCGACGCUCGUCCCGAAGCCACGAAUGCAUCUCCAUGAGUUGUUGGGGGAAAAAUAAAAAGACAAAGAUCAAAAGCUC